ACCCUCAAUUUCUAAAAAACUGAUUCUAGGAGUAAAUUAGAGCAUCAGAAUCACUUCUGCAUUUUCACAAAAAUACUCCGACUUAAGUUUUAAGAAUUAGAUCCAAACACCUUUAGAAUUUAAAAUCACAUAUUCUGUUCGGGUUAGGAUCUCCUUUACCCUAGAUUUCACCGUUUCUUCUCUUUUUCCACUCUACAUCUUCGAGUCAGGUGUUUGUAAAUCACCCUCUCUACUUGUGCGUGUGUGUAUAUAUAAUUAUAUACCAGAAUCCAUUUUAGUGGUACCUCAGUUUUCCCCAUCGCACUGAAAAUUUUGGAUUGUUGGAUCAGACAGGACGAUGUCGCUAAGGCCGAGUGAAAGGGCGGAGGGCCGCCGGAACAAGUACAAAGUUGCGGUGGACGCUGAGGAAGGCCGUCGUCGCAGGGAGGACAACAUGGUGGAGAUCCGAAAAAGUAAACGCGAGGAGAGUUUGCUGAAGAAGCGCCGUGAUGGGCUUCAAGGACAACCCUUUUCUACCUCCAUCCCCACGUCCACCUUCGACAAGAAGCUAGAGAGUCUUCCUAGAAUAGUAGAAGCUGUUUGGUCAGAUAAUAAUGAAUUGCAACUUGAGGCUACUGCAAAUAUCCGGAAAUUGCUCUCGAUUGAAAGAAGUCCUCCUAUUGAGGAAGUUAUACAAUCUGGGGUGGUCCCUCGAUUUGUUGAGUUUCUCAGUAGUGGAAUACCACUACUUCAAUUUGAGGCGGCUUGGGCACUCACAAACAUUGCUUCUGGAACCUCAGAGAAUACCAAAGUGGUUAUUGAUCAUGGGGCUGUCCCAAUUUUCAUCCAGCUUUUGGCUUCCCCUAGCGAUGACGUUCGUGAGCAGGCUGUCUGGGCAUUGGGAAAUGUUGCUGGUGACUCUCCUAAGUGCCGUGAUCUUGUCCUUGGCCAUGGGGCUUUGAUCCCUUUGCUGUCACAAUUGAAUGAGAAUGCAAAGCUCUCAAUGCUAAGAAAUGCUACAUGGACUUUAUCAAAUUUCUGCAGAGGCAAGCCACAGCCUCCAUUUGAGCAGGUGAAGCCGGCACUCUCAGCUUUGCAGGGCCUUGUUCAUGCAAAUGACGAAGAGGUUCUGACCGAUGCAUGUUGGGCACUCUCUUACCUUUCUGACGGUACAAAUGACAAAAUUCAAGCUGUGAUUGAGGCAGGUGUUUGCCCAAGGCUUGUUGAGCUUCUUCUUCACCCAUCUCCUUCAGUACUCAUUCCUGCACUUCGUACUGUUGGAAAUAUUGUUACAGGAGAUGAUGUCCAGACUCAGUGUAUAAUUGACUGUGGUGCACUUCCCUGUCUGCUGAGUUUGUUGGUUCAUAAUCACAAAAAGAGUGUAAAGAAAGAAGCUUGCUGGACUAUUUCCAAUAUAACUGCUGGGAACAGGGUCCAGAUACAGGCUGUGAUUGAGGCUGGAUUGAUUGGCCCUCUAGUGAGUUUGCUUCAACACGCGGAAUUUGAUAUCAAGAAAGAAGCUGCUUGGGCUAUAUCAAAUGCUACUUCUGGUGGAACCAAUGACCAAAUUAAGUUCUUUGUUAGUCAGGGUUGCAUAAAACCUCUGUGUGACCUCCUUGUUUGCCCGGAUCCAAGGAUAGUAACUGUCUGUUUGGAAGGUCUAGAAAACAUAUUGAAGACAGGUGAGGGAGAAAAGGCAGAGAAUGAUGGCAUCAAUUACUAUUCACAGCUGAUUGAUGAUGCCGAGGGGUUAGAAAAAAUUGAAAACCUACAGAGUCAUGAUAACACUGAAAUCUAUGAGAAGGCGGUUAAAAUACUGGAGACGUAUUGGUUAGAUGAGGAGGAGGAGGGUGCUUUGCCGGAGGCAGGCGAUGGAACAACUCAGACUGGGUUUAACUUUGGAGGAAAUGAUGUUCAUGUCCCUGCUGGUGGAUUCAAAUUCGGCUGAGUCAAUUGAAGGAGUUGUUGAGUCGGGGAAUUUCAAGUGCAGCUUGAGGAAGAAGUCAGGUGUCUGGGGUUGUGUCGUGUCAGGUCAGGUCAGCUUACCUCCCACAGGUCAGUCAGUUUGGGUCGGUCCGGUCCAGUGUCAUUGUCGUGGUGUGGUUUUGGAGGUGGCUAAAGUCAGGGUUAACUGUCUGAAGGAGGGAAAAAUAAUGCAAUGACGGUGACGUCUUUGGGAAUGCUGCUUCAUCCAUGAUGGCCCUCAGAGAGAGUUGUGUUAAAGGGAUAAUUAUUUAUUUACUGUUGCAAAUUGAACUUCACGAAAUGAUAGUCCUACGUCACAUUUUUUAUGUGUAUACGAGCGAAUAUUUUGUAAAGUACGAAGUAUUUAUUGUGUUCGUACUAACAUUGUAUUUCGUUUCUUUUGAUUGAUGCGUGGUUAGUGUUUUGCGUAAGGAACAUGUUGAGUAAUAUUUUUUAGUUUCGCACUGUUCUAUUUAGUUGGAGAGUAUUAAACACUCGAAGUCUCGAAAGUCCAGUUUUAUUUGAAUAUGUAGCAAAACUGCAAAAGUAUCUGAAUUAUACCUUUCACUCUGAAUAUCCACAUCUUCUCAUUUAGA